CUUUGAUUUCUGUUUUGCUAUAGAUUAAUACUCAUUCCAACCCUCCGCCACUACCUACUAUGCUUAAGCGGGCACCCACAACGACGGACGGCCGAAUCGUCGACCGUCUACAAGAAAGCGUACGCGUCAACAAGCCAUUCAAGCCUCCUACACUUGCCGUACAGCGAGAGCAGUCGCAACGCAAACGCAAACGCGUGUCAUAUAAGGGUGCGCAGGCGGAUGGCGACGACGACGACGAGCCGAAAUCGAAGAAGAAGAAAGAUAUGCUCGAUGGUCCGAGGGACAACAACAUCCAGAGCGCCCCUGUAUAUAAGCCCAAGCCUUUCGAUCAAGUCUCCCGACGGUUCUCCAUACCGUCUAUGAAGAAUGCUGCAGGAGAGUAUGUGCAGAAACCUAUGUCCAACGUAGCUCUCGGUAUUCGCCCUGUCGCCAAUAUCAUCCCUCGUCCUCUCCAUGACCCCAUGGAAGAUCACGCUAUAGUUCUGUACGAUCCGACAGUCGACGACAGGGAGACCGACGAAGAAAGGAAAGAGCGUGAAUUGGAAGAGGAGAAAGAGCGUGCGGCGAAGGAAGCUCGUGAAAAGAUAGCGGGAUUGUAUAACCCUCACAAGAGUUUAAGAGAGAUCCUUGGUGGUGGGACUAAGAAGAAGCUGAACAAGAAGGUCCCGGUGGUCAUUGACCCUCGACUAGGCAAGGUCCUUCGGCCCCAUCAAAUUGAAGGUGUACAGUUUAUGUUCAAGGCGACCACCGGAAUGAUUGUCGAACACCAAUAUGGUUGUAUCAUGGCCGAUGAGAUGGGUCUGGGUAAGACCUUACAGUGCCUCACUCUUAUGUGGACACUGCUCAAGCAGUCACCGCAUGCCGGGAGGUCUACUGCCGAGAGGGUCAUCAUUGCGUGUCCCGCCAGUCUGGUCAAGAACUGGGGCAACGAGAUUGUCAAGUGGCUCGGCCCAGGUGUCGUCGGGACAGUGCUUCUCGACGGCACAGAUAACUUAGGGAAGGCUCGUCGUUGGAUAGAACAGCCAAGGGGACGUAAUUGCACGAACCCAGUCCUAAUAACGUCUUACGAGUAUCUACGCACCUUAGGAGAAUCGUAUCCCUCAAUUUGUGAGAUGGAGAUUGGCCUUCUCCUCUGUGAUGAGGGACAUCGUCUCAAAAACACUGAAUCCAAAACAUGGCAGGUGUUAUCCACGCUGAAAGCCAAACGCAGGGUCAUCCUCACUGGCACACCAAUCCAGAAUGAUCUCACAGAGUACUUCUCUCUCCUCAGUUUCGCACUGCCUACGUAUCUGGGAACGCGAAAUGAGUUCCGCAAGAAUUUCGAGAACGCGAUUAUUCGAGGACGCGACGCUGAUGCAUCGGACGCUGUCAGGGAGAAGAGUGAGCAAAAGCUCAAAGAUCUUGCUGCUCUCGUAUCCAAGUUUAUCAUUCGCCGCACGAAUGACUUGCUCUCCAAAUACUUGCCUGUCAAGUAUGAGCACGUCGUUUUCUGUCACAUGUCUGACAUUCAACGAGACAUGUACUGCCACUUCGUGGACCACCCACAGACGAAGACUGAACUCCGCGGCAAAGAGGCCAAGCCGCUGGUCGCUAUCAAUAUUCUGAAGAAGCUCGUCAACCACCCGGAGCUCCUCCCUAUCGGCAAGGAAACUAAGCAUGCCGAAUGGGAUAACAAAAAGGACGCCGAGAAGGAAAUGGAGAUGAGAGACGUACACACUGAAUGGAGCGGCAAAUUCUUAGUCCUGGAGAGGUUCCUGGACAAGAUGAGACAAGAGACGAAUGACAAGAUCGUCCUUAUCAGUAACUAUACAAGUACCCUGGACGUCUUCGAGAAGCUGCUACGGGCCAAGAGGUACGGAUACUUCCGUCUCGAUGGUAAGAUGAACGUCAAGAAGAGGCAGGAGGUCGUCGACAAAUUCAACAACCCUGAGGUCCCUGAGUUCGUCUUCCUGCUCAGUAGUAAGGCCGGCGGCUGUGGCAUCAACCUCAUCGGCGCGAAUAGGCUCAUUCUGUUCGACCCUGACUGGAACCCUGCUUCCGACCAGCAGGCACUCGCGCGUGUGUGGCGUGACGGCCAGAAGAAAGAAUGUUUUGUGUACCGCUUCAUUUGUACGGGCACCAUCGAAGAGAAGGUCUUCCAGCGCCAGGCGCAGAAGCAGUCGCUGUCGUCGGCUGUCGUCGACGAGAAGGAGGACGUCGAGCGGUUCUUCUCGCGCGACAACCUGCGGCAGCUGUUCAAAUACAACGACAAGACGCUUUGUGAGACACACGAGACGUUCAAAUGCAAGCGAUGCAAGAACGGCAAGCAGUUCAUGAAGUCGCAGGCGCUGCUUUACGGUGAUGCGAGCACGUGGAAUCACUACACGAAUGAGGAACUCAGGAAUAAUCAUGACGAUCUCCUGCGAGCUGAAACUGGGCUUCCUGAGAUCUCGUUUGUCUUCCAGUAUAUCAGUCACUGAGCGUGUCCCCCUUCGCUUUCUUUAUCACUCGACGCAUGCAACACGAAACCGCACAGUCAGUCUCAGACCAAUAUCGCAAACAUUGUAGCAUAGUAGACUGGUAUCCCGAUAGACGCAUUUGCUAGAAAUACAUAUUACAUGAGUCGUAAAGUGUCCCAGACGAUAAGCACAACAACAGGCUAAGGCGUAGGCUAGCCUGCACUUGCUCAUGCAACAACGUCGUCCCACGAGCCCCAUUCGCCUCCCUGUUUUCGUACCUUGAUUUUCUCGCCUGCGAUGCCGAAGUACUGUGCCUUGAACCACGUCUGCAUCUCCUCCUCGCUGAACGGACCGAAAAGCUGCUCCCCCUCGCUAGACGACCCGGGCACGUCCCACUUGUACUCAUACUUGACGUCUGCGGACGGCGCGACCCAGUCCUUGUCGACUUUGCCCGACGCACGCACCGCACGCACGAGCUCCUCGUACGUCUUCGAGUAGAUGUCGGUGUCGCCGAGCGACAUGAGUGUCGAGGCGAGGUGCGUUAUGUGAUCGAUCUCGGAGGGCUCAGGCUUAGACUUCGCGGCGGGCUCAGCCUCCAUUGAAAUAUCUUCACCGUUUCGCUUCAUUUUAUUAUUUGGCCUGGAGAAGACAUAGCAUUAGCAAGAAGUUAUUGGCCCAUAGGCGGAGACGUACCGCUUCUUCUGCUGCGUGCCGUUCUUCUUCACCUUCGCCCCCAUUCUCUGCAGGGCCUCCAGGACAGUCUCUCCCUUUUUCAGGAGUGGUAAUAAUGCCUUCUCGAUAUCAUCUUUCUCGCCCAUCUGCUGCAGCUCCCGCUCUUCCGCCUGCUGCUUCUCCUUCUGUACCCGCUCCAUAUGCCGGUGUUGCCUCCGCGCUUUCUUGAUCUCGCUCUCGUCGAGCCCCUCCAUCCACUUGUCGUGCACGGCGUGCGGGUCGAACGUGCGGAUGUACGUCCCGUCCUCGGUGAACUUGCCCUCCUCCAUCUCCUCGCGCAUGUUGAACGACGAGAUUUCAAAGCCCAUUCCCGCCUUCUUCCGCCGCUCUGCGUCGUCUUCGUCCUCGGGCUCGUCCUCCGACGCGCUCUGCUCCUGCUCGCCCGUGUUCUCGCCAAAGACCUGCCCCUCGAUGUCUCCCAGGCGCAUGUACCGCUCCUCCUUCUUCGCGGCCGCCUCGUCCUCGUCUUUCGCCUUGUCCUCCGUCGCGAACAUGUCGUCGUCGUCGUCCUCCGCGGCCUUGUCUGCGUCCUUCCGCCGGCUGAGCACGACGCUCUCGCCCUCGUCGCUCGAGUCCGAGUCGUAGCCCUCCGUCUUCACGCGGCCUUUCCGCCGCGCAUUGGGGUCCUCGAGCUGGGCAUCGACCUCCUCCGCGAAGUUCGCGGGGUCGUCCUCCGGCUCGACAAAGCGUGUCUUCUUCUGUGCAUGUUGCGUCGCGCCCUCCGAGGACGGCGCGCGUUUGUGUGCUGAUCGUGGAGGCAUAGGAGCACCUAUACUUUGCUGGUCUCGCUCAAUGAGAAAGUGAGAUAGCAAGGGCUGGCAAUGAGAGAGAUGUGGGAAAUUGCUAUCCAAAGUCAGCGAGA